GUUUUCCUUCCCUCAGGCCACGCAGCCGGGACCGAACUCCGCGCGGGUUAGUGAAGGGCAGGCGAGGCUGGGAUGCGCUUCGCGGGGCAGGGAGGAGGAGGAAGAGGAAGAAAAAGAAGAAGAAGAAGAGGAGCCGAGGAAGGGCCGCCGCCGCGCCUGCCUUUCCUGCCACCGCCGUUGCCAUGGAUGUGGAAGAGGCGUUCCUCCAGGUGGGCCAGAUAGGGCCCUUCCAGGUCUGGUUGUGCGUCCUACUGGCGGCGCUGCUCCAGCUCUUUGUAGCCAGUGAAGCAAUCCUCAUUGCAGUAGUGGGAGCAACCCCGCCUUAUAACUGGGAUCUCGAAGGGAUGUCAGCUAAUCAAAGUCAUAAUAAUGAGUCAAUUAACGGAGAAAGAGCUUUUGGAAAGUGGCUUCUGACAGCCAAUGGAAGUGAAGUUCAAAAACACAUACAUUUUAGCAGCAAUUUUACAUCAAUAGCUUCUGAGUGGUUUUUAAUUGGCAAUACAUCAUACAAGAUCAGUGCUGCCAGUUCAUUUUUCUUCAGCGGUGUAUUUGUUGGAGUAAUAACUUUUGGUCAACUCUCAGAUCGUUUUGGACGGAAGAAAGUCUAUCUUGUAGGUUUUGGCCUUGACAUCAUCUUUGCUGUUGCUAAUGGGUUCUCUCCCUCCUAUGAGUUUUUUGCAGUAUCACGCUUCUUAGUGGGAGUAAUGAAUGGUGGGAUGUCCCUGGUGGCUUUUGUCCUGCUGAAUGAAUGUGUGGGUACUGCUUACUGGGCAUUGGCAGGAUCAAUUGGUGGCCUGUUCUUUGCAGUGGGAAUUGCCCAAUUUGCUUUGUUAGGAUAUCUCAUUCGCUCCUGGAGAAUGCUAGCAGUUGUGGUUAACCUGGAGGGAUCAAUAGUCUUUCUCCUCUCUCUAUUCAUUCCAGAGUCACCUCGUUGGUUGUAUUCACAAGGUCAACUAAAUAAAGCAGAAGAUUCCCUCUACCUCAUUGCAAAGAGGAAUCGAAAGCCAAAGUGCACUUUUUCACUUAAGCUGCCAGCAGAACGGAACCAUAGAGUGGCUGCUAGCAUCCUUGACCUUUUCCGAUACAAGAUCCUUUUGGGACGUACACUGAUCAUGAUGUUCAUCUGGUUUGUAUGCAGCUUGGUUUAUUAUGGUCUUACUCUCAAUGUGGGUGAUUUAGGUGGCAGCCUCUAUGCUAACCUGGCUCUUUCUGGGUUAAUAGAAAUUCCAGCAUACCCCUUCUGUAUCUACUUGAUCAGCCAGAAAUGGUUUGGCCGGAAGCGGACACUUGCCACAUUUUUGUUUCUGGGAGGGCUGGCUUCUAUUGUUGUUAUGUUUCUUCCAGAAAAGAAAGAUACAGGAGUCUUUGCAUUUGUGAACAGUCGCUCGUUGUCUUUACUCGGGAAACUGACUAUCAGUGCAGCAUUUAACAUUGUUUAUAUCUACACAUCUGAACUCUAUCCUACAGUGAUAAGGAAUAUUGGAAUGGGAACCUGCUCUAUGUUCUCCCGAGUUGGUGGGAUCAUUGCUCCUUUUGUUCCAGCUCUGAAAUCUUUGCAAUGGUACCUGCCAUAUGUUGUUUUUGGGGUGGCAGGCUUGUUGGCUGGUUUUCUGAGUCUGUUACUGCCAGAAACUCUAAAUAGACCCCUGCUGGAGACAAUAUUUGACCUCCAGGUUUGUUCAUAUCAGAGGCUGGGUGAUGAAGCUAUGUCACUUCAGGAACGGAAAGGCUUACAGUGCGGCCAAGAUUCAGCUGGGAGUGAAAGUGAGGAUGAAGAAUUUUUUGAUGCUGAUGAAGAGACACAAAUGAUCAAAUGAUGGAUAAAACUCUUCUGCUAAAUUUAAUGUCCUUUUUGAAUCAUUGACCAACUUUAUUUACAAACACCAAACCAAUCAGUGGAGUGUAGAAAUACAGUGUCAUUGUUUGAGGCAAAAAAGAAGAUUUGAUUCAAUAAUGGCAAUGGGGCAACUCUGUCACUAAGGACCUUUUCAAGAAAUUGAUCAUUUUGAUUUUGUAGUGAGUGAAACGCUACACAGAAUGGAUGCAAUGUAUAGCUAGAUAUCUUUGGUUGUAUUAAUAGGGGUGGGUUUUUUUUCAGAUAAUCCUUGGAUUUUAUUUUAUACUGAUAAAAUUUGUGAGGGCAUUACUCACUUUUUGAUGGGAACAGACAUUGUGAAAUUCUACACUCUGAAUGCAGUGUAGAAUUUUCAUCUUGGAGUGAUUUGUGUUGAGGGACCAAAUCUGAUAUUUGCACUCCUUAUACUUGGCUCUGUGAGUACAUAUUUUUUACCAACUCAUAAACUAAUGUGUGCUGCAGAGAAGAGAGAGAUUCCGAUUUUAAAAGUUGCAGUAAUUGUGCGUCCAACUUCAUUCUUGUGUUAACUUAGUGCCCUUGACAAGAGUCCUGAUCUCUUUUGACUUACUGUGUUGAAAUACUGGUACUCUGCAUUUUCUUGUCAUGCUACUUCUCAUACUUCAUAACUCUGUUUAAUCGAGACUGACAGUUUCGCAUUUACACAGAAUGCAUUUACUUCAAAAUAUGUUUCUAUUUGUGGUAGCAGAGAGUUCUCUUUCUGUUAGAAGAAAGGCAUUUGAGUGGCAUUCUAAUCCACUUGGUACUGUCCCUUCUGCACUACUUUUGAAUGUAGAAUGUCUUGUUCCUUUUCUUCUCCAAUAUUUCAAAUGGGAGAAGAUAUAUGAAGCUGGAGAAAGGAGGCAAUACAUUUCUGGCUCCAUUAUCAUACCAUCAAGAGAUGUAUAGUAAGGGGUCCUCAAACUUUUUAAGCAGAGGGCCAGUCCACAAUCCUUCAGAUUGUUGAAGGGCUGAAUUACCAUUUGGAAAAAAAAUACAAACAAAUUCCUAUGCACACUACACAUGUCUCAUUUGUAGUGCAAAAAAACAAUAUCAACAACCAUGAAAGAACAAUACAAUAUAUAAAAAUAAAAACAAUUUUAACCAACAUAAACCUAUCAGGAUUUUAGUGGGCCUGCUUCUGUCCAAUGAGAUAGUCAAAUUAAUUAGGAUUGUUGUUGUUGUGUGCCUUCAAGUCAUUUCAGACUUUGGGCAAGCUUAAGUCUAAAAGUGAGGGCAGGGGCCAGAUUAAUGACCUUGGAGGGCCGCAUCCAGUCCCUGGGCCUUAGUUUGGGGACCCCUGUCUUAGAGGUUCCUCUGAAAUCCACGAUAGGUAUCUGGGCAAAACGUUUAGGUAAUUGUGCUAUAGACGUUUUGCUUUGAAUCUAUGAAGUGAAGAUAAUGUCCGAUUCAAUGUAAAUCUCAAUUUUUAGAUUUAUCUGACAACUAGUCUUAUAAAUGGCUUGUUGUUUGACAGGUAUAGUAUAAAAGAAAUGUAAAGAAGCCCAUGUAACCCUAAAAUAAAAGCGUAGAAGUCUAUAAAAUAGAAAAAUACAUAUAAUUACUGGUAUAGGCUACCAUUGAGUGCUUUUGGCCUUAUUUAUAUGCAUGGCAAUGCAUGUAUUAGGCUGAAGGUCAAUAGUAAGGUAGUCCAGUGGAAAGAGAAUGCACUGCUGGAGAGACCAAGAAGAAAUAGCAGAAGCAGAGUUACACUAAUGAAGAAGCACAGUAAAAUCAAGCAGAACAGAGGUUUGUGCUCUGGCAGCUCUCUGAUUUCAGAGAAGGAACAAUUACACUUCUACAUUGAAGCCAUUAACAUCAAGUAACAUUGUUCUCUUUUACUGUUAAGUUUCUAUUCUAUUUGUCAGCCAUUUUAGCGGUGCCUUAUCCUAAUCUAACCAUUUAAAAUUAAUAUCCCCAUUUCCCAGAGCUAAUGUACAAAAAUGAAUAUUUGGUUUCUUUUCUUGAUAGUAACAGUUGUUUUAUUUUGAUUUUGCUUUAAGAAUAAGUCAUCAGUGAGUUAAAAUUGCGUUUUUUAAAACUUCUUGUGCAGAUGAAGUAUUGCCCGUAAAUGCAUUACAGAAAAAGAGAGAGAUCUGUGCUCUCUGUUGACAUGGACGACAGAACUGCUGCAGAGCCUAUUCCGUUGUGUUUGCAAUUAUGAGGAAAUUCCCGUGACAGCUGUCCCGCCAUGCAAUGCUGUGGUUAUGAACCAUUCUCAUGAGGAAACCUUUUGCCGAAACAGAAAAAUUGUUGUUUUCUUCAUAUGCACUUUAAUGUCUCUGAAAUUACUUCUUAUUUAAAGAUAAUACUUAGCCAAAGAUAAAUGCAAUGGUUUAGAAGUAGGCACAUUUUUAUUAUCUAGAAAUGUGUACAGUUUGUAAUUGCUUUAUGGUAACUAAAUUGGGAUCAGGAUAAUUGGAUUUUAUUUUUUUUCUUGUUUUGAAUUGCAAGUAAGCUAGCUCUUGAAUUGAAGGUCAGUAUCUGAAAUGUUAAUUUUACCUCUUAAAUGUGUUUGAGCCUGUCUGGUAAAAUAAAUAAUUAGGCAUUCCUGUCUAAUUCAGAUGACCAUAUCUAUGAACAUAUACAUGUUAUAUGUUAUCUCAAUGUUAGAAUGCCCUCCCCAUGUUUGUUCUUGUCAAAUAUUUCAAAGUUUUAUGUGGAACAAUUAAAGGGGAAAACUCGGUUAGGUACUAGACAUUACUGCUAUUUUGCUGCUAUUUCUGCUAAUACAUUUUCAAAGGAUGAGAAGCCAUGCCCACAGGUGAAUGGUCUUGAUUUCAAAGAACAGUAACAUGGCAGUCAAUUUAAUUUUUCUGUCAGCCUUAACUUCAUGCAUCUCUCUUUUCAAUCCCAGAAUCAUUCCUACAAUGAGCCAGUUUCUCUUGAUCUUUUUGCUCAAUUGAAAUCCUUUUUACUGAAAUCAGUGUAAUGAAAGACUUUGUUUCAUUGAGGAAUUUGGAGAAACCAAAUCUCCAAAAAAAAAAUUAGGAAGCAAGAAAGUCAGCUCAUCACUGAAGUCACUUGGAUCAAGCAAAGGUUUUCAAGAGGCGAUCCAUUCACAGCUUUUUGUUGUUGCUGUAAGCUGGAAAUUUUUCUUCAUGUUAGAUUUUCCCCAGGUAAAAGAAGAGGUGUGGUGCUUUUGAAGUUUUGUCUUUCUUUGAGGCGAUUGGCACUUCCAAGCCCCUAAAGCUCAUCUCAAGUACCAGACCUAGUAAAUUCACCACCACCACAAUAAUAAUAAUAAUAAUAAUUACUAUUAUUGUUAUUAUUCUAUUAUUCUAUCCCGCCUCUAUCUCCCCAAAGGGACUCGGGGUUGCUAACAUGGGGCCAAGCCCAAAACAGAAACAGAAUAUGACAAGUUAAAACCAGUACAAAUAACUAAAAACAGUAUCAACACAACAAUCAAAUAAAAUAAACAAAUUUAAAACAGAAUACAAUAUAACACCAUGGUAACCAGAUAAAAGAUAAGGUAAUAAAAAUAGACGUUACCACUAAUGGAUAAGAUGGGGGCAGUCAAGUCAGAAAGUGCAUUGUUUCAAGACCAUUUAAUAAAGUGCCUGGACAAGUGUCGAAGAGUUGCCUUGAGACAGUUUGGGGUAGGAUGGGUAGGAAGGAAAAUAAUGUGCAAGGAAGCAGUAUGUCAAUAAGAGGGGUCUGUCUUGUCAUUGGUUGUUCGAAUGCACACUGGAAAAACCAUGUUUUUAACUGUUUAAUAAAGGCAGAUGGUUGGGGCCAGCCUAAUCUCCAUAGGGAGGGAAUUCCAAAGCCGAGGGGCUACCAUAGGGAAGGCCCUCUCCCUCGUUCCAACAAGCCAAGCCUGUGAUAGUGGGAAUGAGAGGAGAGCUUCCCCAGAAGAUCGAAAAGAUUGCGCAGGCUCACAGGGGGAAAGGCAGUCACGAAGGUAGAUGGAUCCCGAACCGUUCAGGGCUUUGUAGGUGAUUACCUACACAUUGAAUUGGGACCGGAAAAUGAACAGCAGCCAAUCGAGCUCCUUAAACGGGGGUUGACUGCUCCCUGUAAGUUGCUCUGGUUAGCAGUCUGGCUGCUGAUCGUUGGACUAAUUGUAGUUUCCAGGCCGUCUUCAAGAGCAGCCCCACGUAGAGUGCAUUGCAAUAAUCCAUCCUGGAACAUGGAUCACCGUAGCCAAGUCCGACUUCACGAGGUAUGGUCUCAGUUGGCGCACAAGUUUUAAUUGUGCAAAGGCCCUCCCGGCCACACCUGAGCAUCAAGCAUCACAUUGAGUUCAGGAGGACCCCCAAACUGCGGACCUGUGUUUUCAGGGGGAGUGUGACCCCGUCAAGCAGAGGUUGCCACCCUAUACCCCGAUCUGAGAAUUGACUGACCUGAAGGACCUCUGUCUUGUCAGGAUUGAGCUUCAGCUUGUUCACCCUCAUCCAGCCCAUCACAGCGGCCAGACACUGGUCCAGAAUCCAAGGGGCUUCAUUGGAAUUCGGUGGAAAGGAGUAGUAGAGUGAGUGUCAUCUGCGUAGAGAUGGCACCGAACUCCAAAACUCCAGAUGACUUCUCCCAAUGGUUUCAUGAAAUGCAUGGGGGACAGAAUAGAACCUUGCGGGACCCCACAGGUCAAUGGCCAGGGGUCCGAGUAGGUGUCCCCCAGCUUCACCAACUGGGAACAGCCCUACAGGAAAGAGUGGAGCCACUACCAAGCAACGCCCCCAAGACCCAGAUAGCCAACCCAGAAGGAUACCAUGGUCGAUGGUAUUGAAAGCCACUGAGAUGUCCAAGAGAACCAGCAGUGUCACACUCCCCUUAUCUAAUUCCCUGCGGAGGUCAUCCACCAAGGUGAUCAAAGUCGUCUUGGUACUGUGUCCAGGUUUGAAACCAGACUGUGACUAGUCUAGGAAGUUGGUGUCAUCUAGGAAUCCCUGGAGCUGGGAAGCGACCACCUGUUCUAGCACCUUGCCCAAAAACAGGAGGUUAGAGAUUGGUCUGUAGUUAUUUAGAACAGAAGAAUCAAGGGAAGUCUUUUUCAAUAUUGGUCUUACUAUUGCCAGUUUGAGGCCUGUUGGAAAUUUCCCCUGGACCAACGAGGUGUUUAUAAUAGUUAUAAAUCAAUCAACCAGCCCACCACUGGCCAGUUUGACUAGCCAGGAAGGGCAAGGGUCCAGAGCACAAGUGGUCGCCCUCACCAGCUCCAAGGAUCCCGUCCACGUCAUCAGGACGAACAAGCUGGAAUUAAUCUCACAAAAUUCGACAGGUGCCUCGGUCACCUCCUCUGGCAUUUCAUUUAAACUCGUAUCCAAGUCGGAAUGUAUCUGAGCAACUUUCUCUGUGAAGUGCUGCGCAAACUUGCUGCACCGAGUUGCCGAAUUCUCACAGGUCUCCCCCACCUCAGGAGGGUGAAGGAGCUCCCCGACAACCCGGGACAACUUCGAUGAUCUGUUAGUUGCAGACGCUAUGCGGGCAGUUGUGAAAGCCUUUCUGCCUGCCCGCAAAGCCGUGGAGUAGGCCUUAAUUGUGGUUCUAGCCCAUGCUCGGUUGGAGAUGCUACGAGUUUUCCUCCAGAGGCACUCUUCUCGUAUGCUUCAUCACUGCCAGCUCCUCAGUGAACCAAGGAGCUGAAGUAACUGUGUAACGAGAGGGAAUGUUUGGGGGCAAUCGUGUCUAACACCCUGGUCAUCUCACUAUUGUAGUGGUCCACCAGGACGUCAACAGGUUCAUCAGCUUCCAUGACAGGAAGAUCCCCAAGAGAUCUCGGGAAACUGUCCGGAUACAUAAGCCUUCUGGGACAGACCAUCUUAACCAGUCCACCACCCCUGCAGAGGUUAGAGGUCAUGGUUAGUCUUAAACUGAUCCGAUGGUGGUCGGACCAUGACAAUGGAAGAAUAUGUUGUACUUCCAUUCCAACCAUUCCACCAUCCGCAACAAUAACUAAGUGGAGUGUAUACCCCGCCUGAUGAGUGGGCCCCGAUAUUACUUGGGACAGCCCCAUGGUUGCACCUGUUUGGGUGGCCUCUGCGUGAAUGUUAAAAUCCCCCAGCACUACCAAGCGCUGGGAGACCAACGCCACACUCAAGAUCACCUCUGCUAGCUCCGACAGGGAGACUGCUGAGUCGCAGGGUGGAAACCCCAAGCUGUCCUGGGUUCCCAUUUUCAAAUGGACACACUCGAACUCAGAAAAUUGCGGAAAAGCGCACCUGACCAAGGAGAUGAAUUGCCGAAAGACCACCGCAAUCUCUCCUGCCCGCCUCCCUGGCUUGUCUUGGCUGGCCUGGCCUGCAGGUGGACCCUAAAACCAGGAAGACAAAGCUGGGAGAGAUUUUACACUCCCCCCGCCAGCUCAUCCAACCAGGUCUCGGUGAUGUAAGCCAGACCUGCCCUUUCAUCCCUGAUCAAAUCCUGGAUGAUAGAUGUUUUACCAUUGACGGAUCUGGCAUUGAACAGCAGGACCUUCAGCCCGGGGGGUCUUUCAUGAAGGCUACCACGUCUAUCCUUCUCCAGGGUCACAAUGACUUUGUUGCGCUUUUCCCUCUGGGAUAAGAGUGACCACCCUUCCUCCUCCUCCACAGAACCUCAAUGGGUUUCCCCUGCUCCGAUCCUCCCCAGUCAAGGGGAUCAGCUGGGCAAGGUUAACACUUGAGGGCCCUAGUCAACUCUCUGACAAGAGAGAGUCCUCUAGAAUCCUGUCCUGUGUAGAGUAUAGGGAUGAUUCCUGUGAGAAUAACAGGAGGGAGUCGUCUGGGGUAGAAGGUGGGCUAUAUCGAGUUAGGCUUUGUGGGUGAGAUUGAAGGCUGGGCAGGACACGGGGGUCAAUGGAAUUAAACAAAUUCCUGACAAUGGGGAGGGAAAUCUGAUUACGUAGUUCGGUGUCCUAUUUUUGCUAGUUUAUGUGAUGCCUAGAGGGUGUAGUCUCAGGCUGGCUAUAAGGGGGUGAAUCAAGGGGGUCUGUACAAACCCUCCUGACGUUUAUGCCCCACAGUUUGAGCCAAGACCUGAGUGCUAAUAGUUCUGUAAUCAGUGGGUUAUCUUCGGUGGUAAUGAGAAGACUUGUAGAACAAUCCCUGGAUUGGAAGUCUCUGUGAAGCACAUAUAUGUUGUCAAUUUUGACUUCUGUUUGAGUUCUAAAUAAUAUUCGGGCCAGGGACUUCCGGUACAUUCUCCUUGAACCCCAUCUGCCUCUAUUUAACUGCGAGUCUAUAACUUUGAGUGCCAGUUUGUUUUAAUGUAACUGGCGUUGAUGCCAGUGACCGGGCAUUAGACUCUGGUGAUAUACUUUCAGGUUCUCUUUGUGGAGACCAUCUCUGUUAGGAGAUCAUAUACCGAUAAGUAGCCCUUUGCAGUCAUGCUGCUCACAUGACCUUGGAGGUGUCUGUGGACAAUGCCGGUUGUUCGGCUUAGAAAUGGAGAUGAGCACCAACCCCCAGAGUCGGACACGGCUGGACUUAACGUCAAAGGAAACCUUUACUUUCCCUUUACUAGCCCUUUGGACAGAAUUAAAUUUGUGGGAACCAUUUCAGACUGCUGCUGCUUCACCUACUAGGUGUCCUGUACAGGAACUCCAAAUCAUAAUCUGUAUAGAAAUAUAAAUUGUGGUUGUUUCGAGGAGUCUGUGAAGCUUAUUCGUUCUGCAAACGUUUUAGACUUAAUGGUGCUGCUGCGUAUGCUUUUAGUUCAGAAUUGGGGGACCAUAUGGGGCAUGCACUUUUCUAACACAUGGGAAGAAGGAAUUGUUAUUAGUAUAUUCACUUGUGUGCAAUGCCUUGUCCUACAGUAGGAAGUUUAACUUCUUUCUGUGUCCUUCCAUUUUCUUUUAAUGCGUUAGUUCUACCGCUAUUUAUGUCUUGGGUCAAUCAUCCUUUUUGUUUUGUUUCUCCUUGCCUGGUUGAACUUGCUGUUGGUCAGUGGUUUGACCUUGAUAGUUUGGAGAUAGUUAUUUGGAAGGAGGGGUGCCAGUCUAGAUUGUUUGAGUGCAAUAUCUGCUUGAACACAAUUUUGAGAAAUAAAAUAAAAAUAAAACAACUGAGCUUGAAAAUGUUGUGAGGAUCUACACUGUGAACAAUCACAUUUCUCUUUGAAAUUAUAUCAGCUCUCCAGAAAUAGCCUUUGUUCAGUGAACAUAUAGUGAACAAUAUUAUGUAAUCAGAAACGUAGUAGGAAUGUUGGACACUGUACAGUGAUAUUCUUACACAUAAACACUUUCAGGACCAAUUUGCUUCUGUGGGACUUUUGUUUCAAAUAAGCAUUCUUAGGAGUGUGGCCUGAGCAUUUCUGACAUUUGCCAUCAUUGGGCAAGACUUUAUGAAUUUUAAGCUGCAAACUGCCUUUGAUUUGCAUAGUUUGUGUAAUGUAUAUUUGACUUGCUUUGUGCCUUUUCCUCUCUUCUCACAUUUGAAACCUCGCAAUAAAAACAAGGCCAUCUACCGUCA